GCUCUGCCCUGGCCCUGCCCAGGGCAGGUGAGGAGCUACUACGUGGACUGGCGGAUGCUGCGGGACGUGAAGAGGAGGAGGUUGGCGUACGAGUACGCGGACGAGCGGCUGCGCAUCAACGCCAUCCGCAAGAACUCCAUCCUGCCCAAGGAGCUGCAGGAAGUGGCUGACAAGGAGAUUGCUCAGCUGCCCCGGGACAGCUGCCCCGUGCGGAUCCGUAACCGGUGCGUGAUGACAUCCCGGCCCAGGGGGGUGAAGCGGCGCUGGAGGCUCAGCAGGAUCGUCUUCCGGCACUUUGCUGACCAUGCUCAGGUGUCUGGGGUGCAGAGGGCCAUGUGGUAA